AUAUACAGCCCUGAAGAGUCUGCUUUUUUCCCCUUAUUUUUUCCUCCCUGCAGUAAUAAAUCCCAUUAUGGAGACCCAGAAACUUUAUGAAGGGAUAUAGUUUGAAUUCUGUGGAGUGUAAUUUUGUGUAUGAAUUAUAUUUUUAAAAUAUGAAGGGUUUUCAGAAAGAAGGCUAGUAAAGUUAAUUACUGGUGCGUUAUUCACGAGUAGUGGUUCUGCUGGUAAUAAAAUAUCUUGUUAGGUAUUUGUGAUAACACUAGGAAGGACAAGCUGUAUCUUGAUAAAUUGAUUUAAUUGCAAGAUGAAUCAUAUUAUAGAUGCAUGAUUCGUAAAUGAAAGACAGGCUAAUUGUUUUGUAAAAAGUUUAUGUUGUUGAAAGUUUAUGGCUAAAACUAGUCAAGUUUAUGGAGAAGACACCUUCAAUGGAUCAAGUGUAAUACAGUGGAAUGCAAAGUUAGACAACAUAGUAAUGAUGCUGCAGGAAAUAGAAACGAAUAUAGACCAUAUUUAACAAAGAUGGAAGAGUUGGCAGUUUGUGAACUUUAAGUAAAAUUUAUUUCAUUUGAUGUAGACACUAUAACAUGCAUAGGUUCCAUGAAGCUUGUAGGUGUUGACAUUGCCAAAACUUGUUAACAGAAGCUAAUUUAACCUUAAGUAAAUACUGUGAUGAUAAGCUAUGUGAAAUUAGCCUUUAGAUAAUGUGACCAUAUGAAGACUUUAACAGAAUAAAAUAUUUUUAAAAAAUAUCGUAUUAAAGUGCUUAUGGGGAAAGAAGCCUGAAUAUAGUUUUUUCCUCCUGUAGAAUCCUGUGGAAGUUGGCUUGAUAUCCAGGCUUUGUAACUUGUAACCCAAUGCAAAUUAAAGGCAUAAUUUAGGUAUUCUAGCCUUGUUUGGAAUUUUGGGAAUAUAAACCUCCUUGAAAAAUCAAGGAGUUUUAACAUAUUUUCAGAACUGUGUCAACUUCUUUCAGGUCAUUAGGUUAACUAUUACACCAAGUAAUGAGCAAAUAGCACUUGAGAUACUUAAAAGAGUUAAUAUAAUCCCCAAGAGUUUUAAAUGAUAUCUUGGUAAUUUAGGAGAGAGAUUCAUCCUACCUGAGUAUAAACUCAAGUAUAAAUCCAGCAAAGAAGGUGUUGUGAAUUUUACAUAAGCAGGAACCUAUCAUUUGAUUCUUUUUUUAUGGAAAAAAUCUAAUUUAGUAUUGAAGAGAUGAAAAAUUUCAUGUGAAGGAUUUUAGCCAUCAAAAAGUAACAUCACUUAUGCACAAAACUACCUCCCAAAGUCUUAUCCCAGGUCCCUCGUAUCAAAAAAUUAGUAUGAUGGAAGACAGCACGGUCUUGUCAGAUUGGACUAUCGGCAAUAAACAAAAAAUGAAAUAUGACUUUUCAUGUGAACUCUACCGAAUGUCUACAUAUUCAACCUUCCCCACCGGUGUUCCUGUCUCAGAAAGGAGUCUUGCUCGUGCGGGUUUUUAUUACACCGGUGUGAAUGACAAGGUCAAAUGCUUCUGUUGUGGCCUGAUGCUGGAUAACUGGAAACAAGGAGACAAUCCGAUCGAGAAGCAUAAAAAGUUGUAUCCUAGCUGUAGCUUUAUUCAGAGUCUGGUUACUGUGACUAAUCUGGAAUCCACCCCCAAGAAUGCUUCUCCAAUGAGAAACAGUUCUGGACAUUCAUUAUCACCCACUUUGGAACAUAGUAGCUCAUUCAGUGGUUCUUAUUCCAGCCUUUCAUCAAAGCCUGUUAAUUCUAGAGCAGUUGAAAACUUCUCCUCAUUGAGGACUAACCCCUACAGUUAUGCCAUGAGUACUGAAGAAGCCAGAUUUCUUACUUACCAGAUGUGGCCGUUAACCUUUCUGUCGCCAUCAGAACUGGCAAGAGCUGGCUUUUAUUAUAUAGGACCUGGAGACCGAGUAGCCUGCUUUGCCUGUGGUGGGACUCUAAGUAACUGGGAACCGAAGGAUGAUGCUAUGUCAGAACAUCGCAGACAUUUCCCCAACUGUCCAUUUUUGGAAAAUUCUCUGGAAAUGCAGAGGUUUAGCAUUUCAAAUUUGAGCAUGCAGACGAGUGCAGUGCGACUAAGAACAUUUAUGUACUGGCCAUCUGCUGUACCAGUUCAGCCUGAUCAACUUGCAAUUGCUGGUUUCUAUUAUGUGGGUCGCAAUGAUGAUGUCAAAUGCUUUUGUUGUGAUGGUGGCUUAAGGUGUUGGGAAUCUGGAGAUGACCCGUGGGUAGAACAUGCCAAGUGGUUUCCAAGAUGUGAGUUCUUGAUACGCAUGAAGGGGCAAGAGUUUGUUGAUGAGGUUCAAGCUAGAUAUCCUCAUCUUCUUGAACAGCUGUUGUCAACUUCAGAUACUCCUGGAGAUGAAAAUUCUGAUCCACCAAUUGUUCAUUUCGGACCUGGAGAAAGUUCUUCAGAAGAUGCAGUCAUGAUGAGUACACCUGUGGUCAAAGCUGCCUUGGAAAUGGGCUUCAGUAGAAGCCUGAUAAAACGGACGGUACAGAGUAAAAUCCUGACUACGGGAGAGAAUUACAAAACAGUCAACGAUAUUGUGUCAGCGCUUCUUAAUGCUGAAGAUGAGAAAAGAGAAGAGGAGAAGGAAAGACAGACUGAAGAAGUGGCGUCAGGUGAUUUGUCAUUAAUUCGGAAGAAUAGAAUGGCUCUCUUUCAACAGUUGACAUGUGUGCUUCCUAUCCUGGAUAAUCUUUUAAAGGCCAAUGUAAUUAAUAAACAGGAACACGAUAUUAUUAAACAGAAAACACAGAUACCUUUACAAGCACGAGAGCUGAUUGAUACCAUUUUAGUUAAAGGAAAUUGUGCUGCCAACAUCUUCAAAAACUGUCUGAAAGAAAUUGACUCUACGUUGUAUGAGAACUUAUUUGUGGAAAAGAAUAUGAAGUAUAUUCCAACAGAAGAUGUUUCAGGUCUGUCACUGGAAGAACAGUUGAGAAGGCUGCAGGAAGAAAGAACAUGUAAAGUGUGCAUGGACAAAGAAGUGUCUGUCGUGUUCAUUCCUUGUGGGCACCUGGUGGUGUGCCAGGAGUGUGCCCCUUCUCUAAGAAAAUGCCCCAUCUGCAGGGGUAUAAUUAAGGGGACUGUUCGUACAUUUCUCUCAUGAAAAACAGGCUUAACGUUAGCCUCUACAUAGAAGUCUUUGAAAUACUGUUGAAUGUUUGAAGCUAUCUGAAGUCAAAAAGGAACUAUAGGUUCUUCAGUAACAUUUGUGCUCUGCUCUGUUUUCUUUGGUAAUAGUAACCUUGUUUCAAAAAAAAUAGUAUCGUGUAAUAUUUAACCUUAGUCUCUGUUUAUAUGAAAGGGAAGAUGGAUGUUUGAUUGAGCUAUAUUAGUAUACAUGUGUGAACACAGGAGAAAUUAGAGGAGUGGUCUUAAUGCUGCAAGGCAUCAUUUCAGGAGUGACUGGAUUUGGUGUUCUGUCUGAAAGCUUCGAGUACUGCGUUAGAGUGUAGUUGAGAACUGGAAACCAGGAGCUCUGGAGUUUAUCAGCGAUAGUUCCAAAUUGUUGUUGGUGUUUUUUCACUUGUGUUAUAAAAUAAGGGUUUUUUGUCUUAGUGGUAAGAAAGCUUUUCCCUAAUUUGUGAGAAACAUCUUAAUAAAGGUCUUCUAAAAAACUAUGUCAUCACAUUUUUUUCCUCUGAUUUAAAAAGUAAUUUCCAUGAGCCUUCAUAGGGUUGUACGGAUUAAAUGAGAUAAUGUAUCUAAGCAUAGUACCUGUCACCUUGUAAGCACUCAGAUGCUAGCUAUUAUAAAAAAAUGAAUUCAUGAAACAGAUUACCAAGAAGUGUUUUUUAAUAGUAAUGGAAUUUUUGAGAAUUUCCUUUAGAUAACAGUAUCUGUCCAGUUGCUUUGUAUAUUAUAGAUAUAAUUUGAAUUAAAAAUCCGUAUCAAAAAUCCUUUAAAAAUUAUGUAAAUCAUCAUUGAGAUUUUUUUAAAAAAUGGUGUAAUCAGUUUGUUGGGAUGAGGAGGUGGGAGUACAGGCAAUGGUAAGUGUCUCUUUUUGGGCCCCGUCAUAUUUGACCUUUCCCAGGUCUGGGUCCAUGGCAGACUUCUGAGGCCGAGUGAGGAGGUCUCAUAUUAAACACUCAGAGUUCCUUCUGAAUCUCAUAGCUCCUUUAGAUCCCUUUCAAUAGAGAGUAUAGUGGGAAGAAUAAAAAUUUAUCUUUUUUUUUUAGUUGCCAGACUGUUAGGUGCUCUUUAAUGACUGUUAAAUAGAAAUAGGAAUUCGAUAGAAGACUGUCCUUAAAGCCCUGGGACGCACCCAGGGGAGCAGGUCCUGUGCCAGCCUGGCCACAGCACAGCACCUUUCUUCUGGGACUCGUGCUCUCACAGCUUUCGACCUGGGUCUGGGUCCCCAGAAAGCCUGGUCCUCUGCUGGGCAGAGAGCUGCCCUGCAGGCUCCAUGAAGCUUCCAUGGGCGCAGGCCUGGCCCUUAGAAGUCAGACUUUACACCGGGCAGGGAGUUGCAGCGAGUUUUCCAUGAUGCAGGCUGGGCCCUGGCUAAUGUGUGUGGCAAAGCCAGGAGCAGGUGUGCUCGUGAGGGUCUGGGGCCCACCGGCCAGGCCCUGGCCUUUGUUUCCAUCCUAAUGUGCUGCUGAUGCAUUUAUGUUAGUCCAAAUGCACACAUCUAGGGUCAGGACCUCAUGUCAGUGAGUUUCUCCCUGCCAUUAUGGAAGGAAUGUAAAGAGAAUUAAAUCAUUUUAGAAACUGCUUUUUUCUUUUUGCUUAAUAAAAUCAUGUAUUGAGGCUCCACCGUGUGCCAGGCACAGUGCUAUUUUCUUGUUUAGACAAAUAAGAUGUGUUAUAGAGAUGAAUUGUGUCCUCCCAAAUUCACAUGUUGAUGCCCUAAUCCCCAGUACCCCCAAAUGUGGCUGAAUUUCAAGAUAGGACCUUUUAAGAGAUAAUUAAGGGAAAAUGAGAUCAUAUGAGCCUGAAUCCAGUAUGACGGGUGUUCUGGUAAGAAGCGAUUAGGGCACAGACACACCCAGAGGACCACGUGAAGACACCAGAGGAGGAUGGCCAUCAACACGCCAAAGUAAAAGGCCUCAGAAGAAGCCAUCUCUUCCAGCAUCUUGAUCUCGGACUUCUAGCCACCACAACUGUGGAAAAAAUAAAUUUGUUAUUUGUGCCGCCUAGUCUUGGGACCUUGUUAUGGCAGCUCUGGCACGCUGAUGCAAGGCGCUGAACGCCUUAAAGCACGUUAGCUCUCAUACUUGUAACAGCCGUGGGGUGAAAUUGGAACAUGGUCUACCUGGCUCCUUGGCUUGUGCUUUUUGGGCAAAUUGUCCUAUUAUUUUGGGCAAAUUGUCCUAUUAAGCUAUUUUGAUACUUUAAAAAAUUGCACGACUGCUAUCCAACAUAAAAACUGUAUAACUUUUUAUUUGAGUUCUGUUUGAUGGUUUAUUUUGACUUCAUUCAGCUAUUCAGUUUUAAUAAUGUAUAAAAACUGUUCUUAACAUUCAGUAAAAAUAUUGCAUAAAGUAUAAGUAAUUGGAAAUGUAAUUAAUGUUUUAUCCACUUGCUGAAUCCUCAUGCAGCUAAAUCAGAAUAGGAUUUAUCCUCCCUCUGGUAGUCCUUUCCUUUCUGCCCUCCUAAUGGUAAUAGUCGGCGUCAUAACAGGGAUUCAUUAUGUUGAACAAGUAGGUGAGAGUCAGAUGCUUCGUUAGAUUUAUUUUUUGCCAUAUUUAGUCCUUAACACCCUAAGCGAUGGUUAUCCCUUUUUUGUAAGUGGAAAUUCAGGCUCAGUGAGAUGAUGUGGACUGCAGGGGGCGCAGGUGGUGCGCAGUGGAUUGCAGGUGAUAAGGUGAGAGUGCCUCCAAAAUGUGUACCUUUUUAAAUGUUAAUCCACACUUCAGUUUUUUACUUACGUUUGGAAGUGAUGUGUUUCUGUUUCUUUACUCUUAACAUAAAUGGGGAGGAUCGUGUAACUUACCCUCUGGUAGGCUUCAUGCUUCUCUGGUAGUGCCCCACGUUCUCCCUGAAGGCAGCGCAGUCCUGGAGCUGAGUGCUCUCUCCUCUGCUCCACGCUGACACCUUGGGAAGCCCUUUGCUUGCUGACUGCCAUUCCAGAGGCCAAAGGACAGCGGGCUGUCAGCUUUGAAGACAGGCCUAAAUGUUUUCCUAGAAGUGUAACAUUUCAAUCAGUAUCCCCAACUAUAUAUAAUAUAAACCUGUUACAGCAUAGUAGCUGUUCUGAAACAUUUUGGCCUCAGAACCUGUUUUAUAAUCCUAAAAACUACUGAGGACCCCCAGAGAGCUUGUGUUUUAUUGAUAUCUACCACGUUAGAAAUUAAAACAAAAUUUUAAAGUAUUUAAUUCAUUUGAAAGUAAACACAUUAAAUAUUUUAAAAAUAAAGCGAUGCACAUUACAUGUCAAUGUAGUACUUAACGAAAAAUUAGUAUUUAAAAACUUUAGUGAGGAGAGUGGCAUUGUUUUACAUUUGAGCAGAGCUCUUCAAUGUCUGGCUUUAUAGAUGACAGCUGGAUUCUCAUGCUUGUAUCAGUUUCUAAUGUCUUGUUAUAAGUUGUUUUGAUUAAAAGAUGUGACGAGAA